AUGCGGCUCCUCCGGGACAUGACAAUGCCGUCUGGCGUCCACAGGUUGCUCUCAUACCGUCAGACCUCGUUCGUACUUUCCACCGUGCUCCUCACUCCCCCGCAUCCAGAAGAGGGCGCAGGCAACGGGACAUUAGGAUUCCAACAGAUACUUGCUUUAUCCCACGGUGCGUCAUGGCGCACUCGGGGCCUUGUCGCCGCCGCUAGAUUGACCGGGCUUCAAAUCACGAUUCCCCCGCAGCCGCCAACACACCCAGAUCUCAUCAACGCAUUUGCUCUUCUCGGUCCCCAUAAGCAAGAGAAAGAUCACCCUACCCCCGGUGGCAGCCGGGCUUGGCUUGCGCACCUUGAUCUGAUCAAAUUUGCCUACCAAUCCAACUUUCAAACGACCCUUAUCAUCGAGGACGAUGUUGACUGGGAUGUAUCGCUCAGAGCACAAAUGAAAGAUAUUGCAUCCGCAGUGAAAUCCCUGACAAAGACCACUCAAGAUGAAGGGGGGCCGUACGGUCGCGGCUGGGAUGUCCUUUGGAUUGGCCAUUGUGGAGAAUACUGGCAAGAAGGAUUCGAGACUGUUUUCUUUGAUAAUGAUGCAGUGUGCCCACAUGCGGACUACACUGGUUGGGCACAUCAAUACCUGUCCCGCAUACCUGACGGAAAGCGAGCUGUAUAUUGGUCCGAUAACCCAGUCUGUUCGUUCGCUUAUGCGUUGUCUCAUGAUGGUGCCAGAAAAGUGUUGGAGCUAACUGGAGCUGGUCAAGGCGAGGCAUUCGACGUCAAGAUGAUGGGUGAGUGCAAGGCUGGAAAUCUUAGGUGCAUCUCUGUGGCCCCAGAAGUCAUCCACCAAUAUUUCCCGCCUGAGGAAUACAGGUUAAAGAGCUUGGUGGAUAUCGGCAAUGGAGAAGCACCAGGGCCGGAAGAUGCUGUUUUCGAAUCUAUAAAGGGCACUACGGAGAACAUCCUACAUAGUGCACGUUGCCAGGCUCUCUGGGGCGAGACCUGUCUCAAAGCGAAAGCCUCUUGA